CACACAGAGAGAGACACAGAGAGAGACACAGACACACAGACAGAGAGACACAGACACAGAGACACACAGAGACAUGUUGCUAUACCGUGUCGUAUAGAGUGGUCGGCUCUCGCUCCGAGCAGAGACGUGGGGAGCGUUCCGUGCAGAGUGUCUCACACACGAUGCCACCUCCUCGCGUGUGAAGAAGGGCAGGGGGAGGAGGGGGGAGGUCUGACUGAUCGACAAGAGAAGACUUGAAGACAACAACCACCACCACCACAUUCACAAUCCCACUAAGCGAGACGCACGGAGCCCGGCUUUGCCGUGACGGGGAGCCCGAUCUUCUGCGUGUCUCUCUCUCUCCCGUCGUGGGUGUUGCGGAUACACAACAACAACAACAAAGACAUCAACAACAGCAGCAGGAGACGGAUCGCCGGCUCGACACCGCAGGGAGAGGGCAACCGCCGCCGCCGCUAGGACCGCGCGCUCGAUCCCGUGCGCCGUGCGACGGCGACUCAUCGCCGGCGGCCGCGGCGAUGGUGCUCAUCCUGGGCCGGCGUAACGCGCGCGCCGGGGCGGGCGAGAGCGCGCGCGAGUCCCCCGCCAGCAAGCGCAAGGUGCUCAACCUCGAGUCGAAGACGCCCGGCGGCACGGCCGCCAGCGAGCUGCUCGAAUUCUCCGCCGGCAGCCCCCACGCCGAGGGAGUGCUCGCCGCCCUCAAUGAGUUCCGCCUGAAGGACCGCAUAUUCACCGACGUGAUGGUGGCGGUGGAGGGCUGCGAGUUCCCGUGCCACCGCGCCGUCCUCUCCGCCUGCUCCGCCUACUUCCGCGCCAUGUUCUGCAACGACCACCGCGAGAGCCGCGCCACCAUCGUCGAGAUCAACGGCAUCCAGGCGUCCGCCAUGGAGCAGCUGCUGCAGUACAUGUACACGGGCCGUGCACGCAUCACCACCGACAACGUGCAGUACCUCUUCGAGACCGCCAGCCUCUUCCAGAUCCACGCUUUGCGUUCCGCCUGUGCCAAGUUCCUGGAGGAGCAGCUGGACCCGUGCAACGUGCUGGGACUGCAGCGAUUUGCCGACGCGCACUCGCUGCAGUCGCUGCACGGCAAGUGCGCGGCGUUCGCGCUGCAGCGCUUCUGCGAGGUGGUGCAGCACCAGGAGUUCCUCGAGCUGCCCAAGGACGAGCUCGUGGACUACGUCUCCAGUGACGAGCUCGUCGUGGACAAGGAGGAGACCGUCUUCGAGGCGGUGAUGCGCUGGGUGCAGCACAACGCGGUGGAGCGGCGCAGCGCCCUGCGCGACGUCCUCGACAACGUGCGCCUGCCGCUGCUGCAGCCCGACUACUUCGUGCAGACGGUGGAGGGCGAGGAGAUGGUGCGCUCGGCGCCCGAGUGCUACGGCCUGCUGCACGAGGCGCGGCGCUUCCACGUGCUCGGCAACGAGAUGUGCUCGUCACGCACGCGGCCACGCAGGUCGACGGGCUGCUCGGAGGUGAUCGUGAUCGUGGGCGGCUGCGAGCGGGUGGGUGGCUUCAACCUGCCCUACACGGAGUGCUACGACCCCAUCACCGGGGAGUGGACGUCGCUGUCCAAGCUGCCCGAGUUCACCAAGUCCGAGUACGCCGUGUGCGCCCUCCGUAACGACAUCCUCGUCUCUGGUGGACGAAUCAACAGCCGCGACGUGUGGAUGUACAACUCGCAGCUCAACGUGUGGGUGCGCGUGGCGUCGCUCGCCAAGGGAAGGUGGCGGCACAAGAUGGCCGUGCUGCACGGGAAGGUGUACGCCGUGGGCGGCUACGACGGGCAGACGCGUCUGAGCAGCGUCGAGUGCUACGACUCGUUCGCCAACCGCUGGACGGACGUGGCGCCGCUCAAGGAGGCCGUGAGCUCGCCGGCCGUGGCCAGCUGCUCGAACCGCCUCUACGUCAUCGGCGGAGGCCCCGACGACAACACCUGCUCCGACAAGGUGCAGUGCUACGACCCGGUGACCAACACCUGGUUGCUGCGCUCCUCCAUCCCCAUCGCCAAGCGCUGCAUCAGCGCCGUGUGCCUUAACAACCUCAUCUACGUCUCCGGAGGGCUCACCAACAACAUCUUCUGCUACGACCCCCUGGAGGACUACUGGAUGAACGUGGCCACCACCUUCAGCAAGCAGGAGAGCUGCGGCAUGACGGUGUGCAACGGCAAGAUCUUCAUCCUGGGCGGGAAGAGCGAGAGCGGGGAGGCCAUGGACACGGUGCUGUGCUACGACCCCGGCUCGGGCAUCCUGACCGGCGUGGCCGCCAUGCCGCGGCCCAUCUGCUACCACGGUUGCGUCUCCAUCCACCGCUACCACAAGCACUGAGGCCCCCGCCCCGCGCCCCGCCCCCCGCCCUCCCUCGCCUUCCCGACACGUGCCCGCUGCCGGGCCCCUCUCCUCUUGUCCAGCACCGUGCGUCGCAACGCCGCGGCCGUCGAUCCCGUCUGCGGCCGCUUACGAGCGCCCCUCUUCCGCCGGCGCGUCCGAGCGGUGGUGCGGCACGGAGUCCUCGUGGGACUGGCUCGGUGGAAGGGGGAGGGGGGGGUAAGCAGGGCCAGGUGCGGGGUUAAUGACCCCGUUGCACGUGACUCGAGUUGGUACAAAUCAAACGCAGCGUCCCCACGCCGUCUCCGCGCGGCCUCGACCCGUGUACGUCAUUGGCGCGGCUCCACUUGGAGGACCAGGGCAGCAAGGGCGAAUUUCUUCCGCGCAACUUGUCGCAUCCGCCCAUCGGUCAGCCAAAUGAGGCCAAGCUGCGCGCACACCGAGCGGACGCUGGCGAGGCGAAGUCCAUCGAUGGGCGGCACCCUCGAUGGAGAAGCAGCCCGAUUAAAAAAAACACACACACGCACACACGCACACGCGCAUACACGACACACGUGGAGACGAUCGUCACCGAGCGAGCGCUGCGGCGGCCGCACCGGGAACUUAACGCCCGGCGACGCAGACAAACAAACAAUGCUCGGCCGCACGUGCAGAUGCCGCGCUGUUGUUUUGGCAGGGGCAAUUACGCACCGUGGCAGGCGACGCCGGAGAGCUAGGCUCUUCUUUCUCUCUCUCUCUCCCCUGCGAGUCUGUGAACCCGUGGCCGUUGCGUUCGACGGCAGCUCUGAGCGCCGCUCUCACGUUAACCCGAUUAUGCAGUCCAGUGGGGGGGGGGGGGGGGG